ACAACUGUCACUUCGUUAUACGACUAAUGUCAAAUCGAAGCCGAACAAUUUAUGCGAAAGUAAAUUUAAAUAAAUAAGUGCCUCAAACAAUAAAUCAAUUUUAUACAAUUUAUUAAACUUCAAAAGAACAAUGACAAAACUACUAGAAUGGAUCUCAGCUAUAUCAGCGUUCUUUGCAGUAUGGUAUUCGUUAAUCGGAGGUUAUGUGAAGCACCCGUUAAUUGAAGCGAAUAUGAACCUUAUUUUAUUAUCACCUAUAUGGUUAAUAAUAGUAUUUGGCUUGUAUGCUCUAACAGUGGUCUUAUACAGAGUGUUCACUUUUAAUAAUUGUGAAGCUGCAUUUUUGGAGUUGCAGAGGCAGAUAAAAGAGGCUAACAAAGACUUAGUUGCUAAGGGACUUAAGUGGUAGUUUUUUUUUUAAUUGUAUUAAUUAAUUAUUUUAUUGCAUCUGUAUUGAAAGUUCUUCAGUACUUCUUGAUGGUACUGAGCUGUAGAAUAUUGAAUUAUUACAGUAAUACAUACUCUUCACUAGCUAUUGGUGUUUUUAAAUUAAUAAACAUUAAUAAAACAAAUAUUUUCUGUGCAUUAUCAUGACUAAUACCUGAUAAUAUAUAGAACAUAAUAAAAUAUUUGAAACUAGCAAAUUGUAUUACUAUAAUAAUAAUAAUUUUAAUAUUUUAUAUCUAUUUCAAAGUGUAUCUACUUUUUAGUCAUGGACAGGUGAAAAAUUUGCCUCAUGUCUCUUAGUGUUUUUGAUAUUCUUCACCGUUUUGGAUUUACACACCUUGUUGAUUGUUAUGCUAAUUUCUCACUCACACUCUUAAUAAAUAUAUCUCUCAUUUAAGUAAGUAAAUAUAUGUAUAAGAUUACUUGAGUUUACUUAGGUACCUAUAUACCUAUGUAGACUGAAGAGACAUUUUAAAUAUUGUUCAUGGAUUUUUAUGUUGUAUAAAUAAUGAAAUACAAAUUGAUUGUAUUCGAUAAUAUUUAAAGAGUGUCAUGCCAAUAAUAAUUGGGAAAAAGAGAGUCCAUAAAAUCAUAACUGACUUUAUAACUUCAAAAAGUUUUUUAAACUUACAUAUUUUUUAAAAACCAAAUAUAAUGGGUAGUGUAAAUAUUUCUGCCUGACAAUAAAAUCAUAAAUAAUGCAAGUCAAGUGGAAGUUUCGAAAAUAUGCAUUCCUCUAUUUGUAUAAAGUCAUAUUUUAAUAUAAAUUGUAAUUUAUUAUAA